AUGUUUCUUUUCUCGAUGUGGGUCAACCAUGAGUCGUCGUCAACGGCGCACCGCUACAUACAACGUCGCGGCGCCAGCACUCGACGGCCUUUUUACGCACGCAUAUCGCCGUCGGCCGCGAUUCAACACAACGACGGCGACGACGACGAGAAGAAAAUACGUGUGGAGUGCGCAUGUGCAUGCGCGCGCGCGACACCGUUAUUCGACGCAAUGCGGGUCGAUUAUCACUUUCAAUUCACCGUUAUUUCGAUUAGCGGAGAACCAUGA